UGGAGCGUACUCGUCAUCCCGUGACUUUCCAAAGUUGAUAAUUAGCUCCUUAGUCUUUGCUGUAUUAAGAGACAGGUUGUUCUCUGAGCACCAGCUCACUAAGUUCUGUACCUCCGCUCUGUACGCUGAUUCGUCUCUGUUGGAGAUCAACCUGAUCACUGUUGUGUCGUCUGCGAAUUUGACGAUGGUAUUGGUGUUACAUGCAAGUACACAGUCGUAUGUACAGAACAACCAUGGAAAUAGCAGGGAGCUAAGAGAAUGGAGAUGACAGGGGGACGGUGAGGAAUGACGCCGAUGACAGACGCUGACCCGAACCCAGACAGUGAAGAAACCCCCUGGGCUCGGACCCUCCAGCCUGGGGAAGAGGUGACAGUGCCCAGCAGGAGCGACCAACACAGCAUCACCCAGCUCCUCAACUUCCACCAGCCGAGGCAGCAGGGUCCACAUGUGGGGUCUGGGGACGCCGAGCCAGAGGACUCCCCCCACUCUCGGGUGGUGAAUGUGGGAGCAGACAACGAGAUGGUGUUGUACGGGUACAGAUGGAGCUGGUGGCGGGCAGUCCCCUCCACUCUCCUUGGCCUGCUGACCGGAGGCAUGCUCCUCCUGGCCCUUCACUGCCGACCCCAGUGGCAGACGUGGUGUUUCUGCGCCCCGUGCCCCCUGCAGGAUGCCGAGCACGUCCUGAUGAAGACCACGGACGAAUUUCAGCAGUGGCAUCGUCAGAGGGUGAGGUCCCUGUCUCUGAGGUACAGCCCUUGGCCAGACCCCAGGCUCCCAGACUCUCCCGAGCCUGUUGACGAAUUCUCCCUGCUACGAAAAAACAUCUCCUUCACCGGCGUACAGAUCCGGUACGUGCAGCACCAGAGUGUCCGCUACAUCUGGGACCCCAGCAAGAGAGCCUUCGUCGUGCUGAGGGGUCUGGAACAGAACGUAUCCUGCUCGGAUCUCCAUAAGUACUAUCAGGAUGGAUUAGUUUACCAGGAGUCUCAGAACAGGAAACUGAUUUACGGUCCCAAUGUCAUUGCCGUCCAGGUCCCUCCAUACAGUAAGCUCCUGGGAAAGGAGAUCCUGAACCCCUACUACGGCUUCCAGGCAUUCAGUGUCAUUCUGUGGUUUGUCGAGGCUUACUACCCCUACGCCGUCGCCAUCAUCGUCCUGAGUGUCUCAUCCAUCGCACUGUCCCUGUACACAGCACGCAGGCAAUACGCAAUGCUGCAUGACAUGGUGAGGAGCCACAGCUCGGUCCGGGUGUUGGUGCUUCGUCGGGGUGGAGCUGCACAGACGGUGAGUUCGGCCGAGUUGGUACCUGGUGACGUGAUUCUUCUCCCCGAGCAGGAGGUGGUCCUGCCCUGUGAUGCCGUGCUUCUCACUGGCAAUGUGGUGGUCAACGAGAGCAUGCUGACAGGGGAGAGCGUCCCAGUGACUAAAGCCCCCCUCCCUGAGCUCUGCGAUGAAGACACUCUUCGCACCCCCAUCUUCCGCCUGCAGGACUAUCGGCGCUACGUCCUGUUCUGUGGGACCCGCACCCUCCGAGUCCGGCCCGACCAGGGGCAGGUCCGCGCAGUCGUCAUCCGCACCGGCUUCCUCACCACCAAGGGGCAGCUGGUCAGGUCUAUCCUGUACCCCAAACCUGUUGACUUCAAGCUGUUCCGGGACGCCAGGCGUUUUGUAGCCUGCCUGGUGCUUGCUGCUGUGUUGGGCUCCGUCUACACCGUAGUCAUCAGCUCCAUCCGCAGGGAGCCCAUCGUGGAGAUCGUGCUGAAGGCUCUGGACGUGGUGACCAUUGUGGUCCCACCAGCGCUGCCAGCCGUGGUGACGGUGGGCGUUGUCUAUGCCCAGCGACGCCUUCGGAGACGAGGAGUCCACUGCAUCAGCCCCCAUCGCAUCAACCUGUGUGGUCAGCUUGACCUCGUCUGCUUCGACAAGACAGGAACCCUGACGGAGAGUGGGAUGGAUCUGUACACCGUGGUCCCAGCUAAAAAUAAGAGCUUCCUGUACAGCGACAGUGAGCUGAUGGCACAGGCGCUGAAGGAGGAAGAGGAGGUGUUGGCUGCCAUGGCGACCUGUCACUCGCUGACCCUCACUUCGUCCCACACCUCCCUCCAGGGAGAGCCCCUCGAUCUCGCCCUCUUCCGGGCCACCAACUGGAUCCUGGAGGAGAUGGUCUCCGGACGUCCGGACCCACCCCAGCCGCUGCUCGUCGUCAGGCCCACCCGGCUCCCCCAGCCCCAGGGCAGCUCCACUCGGCUGGUCUGCCGUUUCCGCUCAGGCAUCGGCAUUCUUCGGCAGUUCCCUUUCUCCUCGUCACUGCAGCGGAUGACGGUCAUCGCCAAGGACCUGGACCAACAGCGGCUGGUGGCCUAUUGCAAGGGGGCCCCGGAGACGGUGGUGAAUCUGUGCAGCCCAGACUCGGUUCCCAACGAUUUCCAGGUGGUGAUGGAGAGCUUCACGCAGCGUGGUUACCGGGUUAUCGGCCUGGCCUUCCGCAAUUUCACCAGCUCUUUCCAAGAAGCUGACAUCAAAAAUGUAAAGAGGUUUGCAAGCACGAGUGCAGGAGAUGAGCUGGUGAGUUGCUGGUUGUGGAGGCUGUUGCGAGGAGGAAAUUGGCGAGCUUCUGAUUCGGUGUCUGCAGUAAGAAUCCUAGGACGUUGGCCGGAGCAGGAGGAAACAAUUGUUGGGAUCGAAUGUGUGAUGUGCGGGGGAAGGAUGACCCGGCUGCUGGGUGACCAAGGAGAUAGCACAUUGACCGCCGUCCAGGCAGCCAAGGAGUCCGGGAUGAUUGGGAAUGCGGAGAAGGUGAUCCGAGUGAAGGCAAAAUCACCCACGGCCACCUCCCGGGCCUCCGUCAGCUGGAGCAGCAUGAGGGAUCGGCAGUCCCAACAGGAAGCCCGUCUCUCUGGCAAUGAGCGGGAGGAAGACAAACCCAGGAUCCAUCUAGUUAUCGAUGGCCCAUCAUUGGCCGUGAUCGAAGACCAAUUCCCUGAGUUGCUGCCCAAGGUCACUCUGUGUGGGACUGUAUUUGCAAGGAUGUCCCCUGACAUGAAGACCAAGCUGAUCAAAUCUCUGCAAAGUCUUGACUACGUCGUGGGAAUGUGUGGAGACGGGGCCAAUGACUGUGGGGCACUGAAGACAGCCCACGUGGGAAUAUCGCUGUCCCAGCUGGAAGCAUCUGUGGCCUCUCCGUUCACCUCCAAGCUGCCCACGAUAGAAUGUGUGCCCAUCCUGAUAAAGGAAGGCCGUGCAGCUCUCGUGACCUCUUUCUGUGCCUUCAAGUACAUGGCCCUGUACAGUAUGAUCCAGUACGUCAGUGUGCUUAUCCUGUACUAUAUCUCCAGUAACCUGGGUAACUGGGAAUUCUUGUACGAGGACCUCUUCAUCACAAGUGCCAUUGCCAUCUCUAUGAGCAGGAACCAGGCUUACGAGCACCUGGUUCCACAGCGUCCCAACGCCAGGCUUGUAUCACCACAGAUCCUCGUGUCCGUCCUGAUGCACAUCGGAGUCUGCGCUGCCUUCCAGCUGACAGGCUUCCAUCUCGUCCAGGUCCAGCCUUGGUAUAACUCCUGGGACCAAGGAGCACAGGCCUGCAUGUCCAAUGAUACGUUUUAUGGAGCUCCGGCCCUACAGAGACAAAACAGCAGUGGAGUUUUCUUCAACAUUCAGUGGAAAAUCAGCAACUACAUUAACACCACCAUUUUCUUCGUGUCUGUUUUCCAGUACAUCACCAUCGCCUUCGUCUUCUCCAUCGGCAAACCCUUUCGCAAACCCAUUUCCACCAACUAUUUGUUCCUGGCUGCUCUUGUCACCCUUUACCUUUUUACCCUCUUCCUGAUGCUCUUUCCGAGCAGGAGCCUCGACAGUUUUUUUGAGUUUGUGUGCAUACCCUACAUCUGGAGAAUCUACAUCUUGCUCAUGGUCAUCGCUCAUUUUGCAUUGUCCGUCCUGCUGGAGGAGAUGGUGACCAACAACCACCGCCUGUGGGACUGGCUGAGCCGUGUGGACUGUUCGUCUGCCUCGCUGCUGAAGCACAGGAAACUGCACCGGGAGCUGCAGAAUGACCCUUCCUGGCCUCCGUUCUCCGUCUCUGAAUGACACGCAGGGGCAACGAACGGCAACGGUCGCUGACAUUAUUGAUUCACAAUUAAAUGGUUAUACAGAUUCCCGCUCAGUGUCUGAGGUUCCUUUAGUGAUGCAAGUAUUGUUGUAAAUAAAUUACAGAUACUUCAGCUGCGUGUGGUGAGUGAUCUGUGCGUUACCAGGGCUGUUCUCUCUCUCUGGAUCCCCAUUCUCAACUGGUCCCGAUUUUUAGAACAUAGAGCAAUACUGUACUGUACAGUACAGCCCUUUAACC